ACACUUCAAAGUUCGUUGAUCCGGAAACUGAAAAAAAACAAAAAAAAGAACACACUUUACAUUCAAGUACAUCUAAGUAAAGUUAAACUAAUCUAAUCCGAUGGAUUGGUAGACAGUUAAAGUGGUCUUCAGUUGACCUGUGAAAGGGUGUUUCUCAGUUAAGCAAUAACAAAAUGACCACAGUCUGGACAGCAAGCAAUCUACGCCGACAAGAUGGACGUUAUAACAGUCUAUCCAGAAGUUUAGGAUCUUUAAUGUCGAUUGUACUCGAUGAGGAUAAAUCUCCAUCCGUGUUGAUUUUUUCUAAUCAAUCACCAAGAGAGACUAAUUUACAAACAAGUGUCUCUGUUGGUGAUCGAGUCGGAGAUGAGAAUAUUUUGCCGUUAAAUGGAUUAAGUUUUCGUUCAUUACAAACAGACUCUUCUUCAUCGAUUGCAUUUGUUGGCAAAAAAAUUAAACGUGAAUAUCAAUCGGCGUUUGUAUUGCCUGAUAAACAAACAAUUGGUAUUAUUCGUCAAGAAGCGUUUAUGACUGAAGAAGGUUUAGCUCAAGUCACGCUUAGUUUAUGCGUUUCUACUCAUUUAGAUGGUUUAAAAGUUAGUAAAAGUGAAAGAAUAUGUGAUUAUCUUGAUACGGACUAUUGGGCUUCCAUUUUAUUAGCUUCCACUGAAUCUCACGAUGCUGAACUAUUAGGAUAUAUGGGACCUGAAUAUACUUCAAGAAAACCGAAUCGUUUUAACUUUGAACGUUCUGAAAGCCGACGACGUAAACGAGAAAUUGUACUUGUUCAAGAAGAGAUUGAAGAUAGCGAUGAGAAAGGUAAUGUUGGGCAAUUUGAUGGUAGCAAUAUUUUGCCUGAAAGUGUUACAGUGUACGAAAAAGUAUAUCCUAAAGAAAAGGAUGAAUGUGAUCCCCAGACACGUCGAUUAAUCUUGCAUCCUCCACCACCCCUUCCACCUCCACAGCUGCCAGAAUCACCGCCGCCUUCACCACCGAAAACUUUAAAAGUAUCUGAAAGAAAUGCUUCACCAAAACCACAACUAACUUCGAGUAGAAAUUCAUGUCAGCCAAAAGAACAAGCCCCAAUAAUUGGACGGGCUGAACCACCUGGAAAAUCUAAACCUAUUGUAAGUAGUCCGAAAUCUAAAGAAAAUUUUGAAAAACUUAAACGUCAAUGGAAUAAUCGUAUUGCUCAAAUGCAAGAACAUUUAGAUAAUCAGUAUCGCGAUACACCAACAUCGCUACCACAAACUUAUACAGAAGGACAUCGUGGUUCUACAGUUACAUCAAUUCUCCCCACAGUAGAUAAAAGAUCUUCUGAUCCAUAUGUAAAAAGUCGAAUUUCAUCUACUGACCAAAGACUCUCCCCUGAACAAGCAUAUGAUCAUCAAUCUCUUCCGGAUAGAACUUCAAUGGAUCAUGGAUCAAAUAAAGAGAAUUUUAUUUUUCACAGCUUUGAUUAUAUCAAUUCAUCAUCACCGGGUUCUGGUGAUCUAGUGGAUCCGGUUACGGAACGUUGUGAAAAAGAUGCACAAUUUAUCUAUAGUCAAGCAAGACUAUUUGUUAAUCAACAAAAUAUAGGCAGAUUAAGUCCACGAAAAUUAUCAGAGAGUAGUUCAAUGAAUGAUAUAACUAAAUUGAAGACAUCCAAUUUAAAUCAUCAACAAUUUGAACAAUUAUUAAUAGAUAACACCGUGAAAUAUACUGAAUUAAACAACAAUAAUCAAUCAUCGAUAUCAUUUCUAAUUGAUAAGUUGAAUAUAGAACAAUCAUCGGAACAAGCUUAUAUCUAUCAAUCAACUUAUUCACGUUUUCCAAUCACUAUUAAAAAUAUAAGCUCAUAUCAUCAAAAUAAUAAUAAUAAAUUGAUUACUAAUAAAAUCAAUAAUCCUAUGAUGAUGAAAGAAUUAUUCAAUAAAUUUGCAAAACAUGAAUUAAUAUUAAAUCGUGAACCAACUUAUUCAUUUUAUAUACCAAUACAAUUAUCUACUACUGAAUUGAAUAUACAUCGAUAUAGUAAAACAUUACCAAGAUAUAAUAAUAAAUAUGAUAUGAUUAUCCAUGUCAAUGAUUUACAUAAUUCAUUAGACAAUAAUAAUAAUAAUGUACAAUAUGAUAUGAAUAUGAAACAAUCAAUUAGACAUAGAAUGUGUACAUCGUUACCACGUACAAAACAUGCAUUACUUUAUUAUUCUCAACCAGUUAGUCCAAGAAUAGUUUCAAAUUCUUCCAUAGUAGAAGAUCAACAACAACAGCAACGAGAUAUUCAUGCAGAGUUUAGAAACGGAAGUGAUCUAACCUAUCAUGAAAAGACGAGUUAUUCAGACUUUUAUUAUAAAGUAGAUGAUCCAUCAACUGAUAGAAGUGAGGAAUUUAUAAAAACAUUCACUAAAUACAAAGCAUCAUCUGAAAUAAACUAUUCAACAAAGAAUAGAAUUCUUUUAGAUAUUGAUCAAAAUCAAUCACCUAUUUUAACAGGACCACAAUUAUAUCCAUCAUCAACUGAUCUAAGUUCAUUACUAAGUCCUAAAGGUGAUCAUUUCAAAAGUUAUCUAAAUAGAUACGUUGAACGAUCAGAAAAAUAUUGGAGUCUUCCAAAAAGUUAUUUCAUAGCUGAUGAACCGAUUAACAAAAAUGAAACAACUACUAAACAAUAUGAUUCAAUGAAUGAUACAUUGAAAGAUUUUAUAUAUGAUAAAUUCAAACCGUUAUCACCAACUACAGAAGCAAAAACUGAUGUAAAACUAAUAUCAAAUCAAGACACAUUAUCUGUAAAAUCUACAGACAAUUUACAUCUUCUCUUUUUAAAACCAUACAAAUCUUACACAACAAUUACUACUAAUGAGAAGAAUUCACAACGAAUUAAAGAAAUAAAUCAAAAUGAGAAAUUCAACACUGAUGACCUCCUAAAUAAAGCAUAUUAUGAUGAAAUGAAUCGAUUGAGUAAAAGAAAAUCAUUAAAAAUGGAUGAAUUAAGUAGUACAUCAAGUUUAAGUAUAUUAGCAAAGGCAUAUGAGGAACAAAUAGAGAAGCAUAGAAAACAAAUAGAUAGAAAAUCGACUUCAAUCAAAGGAAAUGAUAGUAAAACUACUACUGAUGAGUUAGGUGAACAUAAAUCUUUAUCUAAGCCAAUGAAAGAAAUUAAUGAACAAGGAAAUAAACUAAUGCAAAGUGAUAUAUUGUCUGAUCAACAAGGGAAUAAUUUAACUAGAGAUGAAGAAGUUACAAAGUUUGAUGUUCAAAAACCGUCAAAACCUGAAGGGAUUCCGAAUUUACCACCCUCUGUAUUAGACAUCAAUAAACGUUUAGAACAAUAUGAUCGAAUAAGUAAGCAUAAAGAUUUAAAACCUGACAUUACACAUCAAAUUGUCACUGAUGAUAAGAUUUCUGGAAAACCACAUAAAGAUCAUCUCAAUGAUCAGAUGUUAAAACAACAAGAAUUAAAGCAUCAUCGACAUCCUCCUCCUCCACUUCAUCAUCAUAAAAGUUCUACAAAGGAUGAAAUUUUGGAGAAAUCCACUGGUGAUACACAUAAACGUUCAUGUGACGGUCCAAUGUCAUUUGCGAAAUUCAAAAAGAAUAUGAUUUCAGAUAACCUGCCAGUGGAUGAAGAGCAUAGCCAUCAUCAAGGUCGCCAUCUGUCUCAUGACGAGUCAAAAGUUUUUUCAAGAGAUUCAAAGUUUAGAAAGCCAAUACAUAACAAUGAAGGCCAAAUUGGAACUCCACUUGCUCCUAAACAUAGCUUUGAAGACAAACAUACCAAUAAGAGUAAGAUGGAGCAACAAAUAAAAACGGAAAAUCCGAAAACACAACCUUUGGAUACAAAAGCUUCACGUAAUUCAGAAGAAAACCAUGGAGAAUCUGUGAAAGGUCAAGGACGAAGUGAACUUGUUAAACGAAAUAAAACACAUCAUCAGUCACUAAGAUAUAAACAGAACAAACCUCAUACAUCUAUAACUUCAAAAAAUGAUCGUAUUUCAUCUUGGGUUGAAAAUAGUAGAUAUCAAACAAGGCAACUAUUACAAGAUGGUAUGAUUGACGUCGUUCCUCAGGCUCAACCUCAAAAAUCUGAUUUGAAAAGACAUCAGUCUUUAAAUGAAAAACGGAACUCCUACAAAACUGAUGACAAAAUGAAAUAUAGGCAUUCUGAUGACCCUUCAAAGAAGCCCAUAAAGAAGGACAGUAUAACUUCUGAUUACAUCGCUUCUAAACUACCUAAAGCACAUUACAAAUUAAGUGAUCAGAAAGAUCCUACAAAACCAUUGGAUAGUAAUCAACUGAAUAAAAUUGAUAGUUUAAAAGAUACUCAUAAGAAAUCAAUCAUUGAAAAACAACAACAAGACCGAAAUAAUAAAGAUAAUAUUGUAAAAAUACCUGACAUAAAACAGGAAGAGAAAUAUCCAUCUAAAAGUGUGCGUAAACAACAUCCUUCAAAUGAAGCAAAUAAUCUGGAUGUCGAACAAUCUGUUGGAGAAAUUCCACAUCAUUCAAAGCAGUCCAAUCCAAGUAAAAUUAAACAACCCUUAAAAGAAUGUGAUGGUAAACAGUCAAGACUAUCAAUAAAAAAGCAAUCAUAUACAAAAGAUAAUGAUGAUGAUGAUGAAGAAGAAGGCAAGAGAGAAAAUCUUACAAAAAACACUGAUGAAGUAUUAAAUCAGUCGAAACAAUCCAGUGAAUUAGAUCAACAUAAAAAAAGAAAAGAUAAUGUACCAUAUCGAACAGUUGAUCGAGGUAAUCGUCAUUCGACUACGACAGAAACGCGAAGUAAAGUGACCGAUGAGCUCCCAGGUCAUAGACGCCAUCCUCCACCGCCUCUUUCUCCAAACUCGAAAGAAGAUAUACACUAUCCACGUGACGGGACUGUUAGUCGACCUCGAAUUUCAGAUGGUUCUAAAGCUGCUACUCCAUUAACUCCUACCAGACAUUCAUCAAAAAAUCUUGGUGACGAUUCAGAGAAAAGAAAACAACAACAAAAGCUAUACGACGACGAAUUCAAAAAUGGAAAUAGAGAACCAAUGCCAUUGGAUCUCAGGAAACCAAUUACACAGUUUAAUUAUGGCAUACUUCAACAUCCAGAUGAAUAUAAUUAUUUAGCUGAAGCAGAAAAACAAAAACCAACUAUAGAUUUUGCAUCAGAAUUAUCUUAUGAUAGCAGUCUUUAUGGUAAAAUUAGCCAAGGUUCCGCUCGAAAACAACCACCAAUUAAGCAUUAUGAUAAGUAUAAGGAUAAAAAACCUGAUAAACCACAUCGUCAUCCACCGCCACCUCAACCUACUGAUCAUGACCAAACAAAACGUUUAGACGAUAAACCAAGCCCAAAACCAGGCAGAAGAUCAGGCCAUGGAAUGGUUUCAGUUGAUGAAAAUUAUUAUGUAAAUGUACCUGGUUCAGGUCCACCAGUUAUUCGUCCACCAUACAAUGGACACAAGAGAUCACUGCAAGAUUUAAGUGAACGUUCCGGCCCUCAUAGUGCUUAUGAUCCUAGAUUGGGCGAUACAGUUAUUCAACCAAGUAAACCUAGAACCAGUGAUAGAAUAUCGGAUCAAAUGCCUGAUUAUUAUGAUCAAUAUACAUCGGAUGAAAGUGAUUAUGAUGAUUCAGGAGAAUCAGAUGAAGAACUUAGACCGCCAGCAUUACGUACAAUAACUCAGACAAGGAGACGAUCUGAACCAGAACCUUCGAACAAUUAUCCACCUGUACAAUUAAGAAAACAGUCAAAAGGACAAAAAACUGGACAGUCAAUCACAUCAAUUCGUGAUAGCCUUAUUAGUCCUGAAGUGGUGAAUGAUACAAGUUCAAAACACAGUUUAAUAAUCAGUACAAAACGUCGAACACUAAGUGGUUUAACUGGUACCCACCCAUCAAAACAUCGUUCCAGUUCAAUGAAUACUUUAUGGUUCGGUGAUCAUCCUGUACCAUCGGAACAUACAAUCUCGCCAGCUACACCAGUUAGAUUAUCAAAUAUACAAAUACAAGCUCAAGCAGAACUUGAACGUCGACACAGAUCAUCUUCACAUGGACAUAGUUUAGAUAGAAAAUCUAUAUAUAGCACAGGAAUGACAGAAAGUCAUUUGUCCAAAGGUUUAAGUGAUUAUCAUCAAGGUUAUGAAGGAAUUGGUUAUGCAUAUGAUAAUCGAGGAAGAUUAAUACAUGGUGGUGCAUGUUUACCUGAACGUUCAGCUAGUCGUAAACGUCGAUUAUUAGAUGGUCAUGAAAGUUUAUCAAGAGUAUGGAUACCACAAAGUGGUGAACACUAUCCAAUUAAACAAAUAUCUGAUAAGACACCUAGUUCGCUAAUGAAUCGGGAUGAACGGCAAGCACAAUUGGAUAAUUCAGCGAUGGCAUUUGCUUUACGGGAUUUUAAUGCGCCUAAAAUUCGGUGAGCUCAAACAAUAUAACAGUAAUAUUCACAUUACAUCUAUAAUAUUAUCUAUCUGUCUAUCUAUCUAUCUAUCUAUCUAUCUAGACAGAAACGGGUUUCGAAUAAAUCCCAUCGGAAUAAUGAUGAUGAUAAUGCUAAUAUUAAUAGUAAUAAUAAUAACGAUAAUAAUAAUGUUAAACAUGUAACCCAUCGUACCGCUAUACGCAACAAAUCAGAUAGCAUUAAGAAACAUCAAUGCAGACCAUCCAUUCUCAAUUGUUGUAUGCGAUAAUCUUACAUUUCUUUGCUUAUAUCAUCAUGAUCAUUAUUAUCUAAUUGGCAAUGUUUAAUUAACCCUGAUUAUAAUUGAUUUAUUUUAUUCAUUAUUAUUAUAUUUUCUUAUGAUUCCAUUUAUUUUUUAAUUGAGUAAACUAAUUUCUAUACCUGCAUAGUGAUUAACCUUAAUCUAUGGCUGUGACCUUUCAUGAAAAGUUUUGGCUUGUGUUCAAUUUUUUUUUAUCAUAGUUACAUCCACAAGUUUUGUGUGUGUGUGUGUGUGUGUUUAUGUUACACAAGCACCUAAACUAUCAACACAAAAACAGAAAACAUAUCAGUCCAGUUUAAUUUUUCCUUUUUUUUAAUGUUUUUAACCAAGAAAUAUGAAUAAUUUGUUUGUUUAUUAUUUUGUUUUUAUUUACACCGUUUUCAAUCAGUAUAUUCCCUGAUUGCUGUGAAUAUUACCG